CGAGCGGCAUCAUUUUCCCGACCUUAGCACCACGUUGUUCCAGACAGCAAUUCGGGUGCGACGAGUAAUGUGGACCGCUGUCGCGCGCAGAUAACGCACAGCUGAUAGCUACAGAUAAAGCUGCGUUCAGCCAUCGCGACACCGUUCGCUGGCCAAGUCCGGAGCACACACAAUAGUUGGUAACGGUGUGAGAUCUUAGUCCGUGUUGAAUUUAAGCCAGCACGAUGAGUGGCGCCACGCGAAGAACUCGCACAAACAACAACGCAUGGGACAGUGAUGAAGAUACGCCACUAUUGGCCACAACACCAAUCUUCUCGAUGCCGCCACUAACCACAACUGCGCCAUCCGCAGCUCCAACGAUGGCAGGUGAACCCAAGGCUGAUCGUGUUUGUACCUUUGAACCGAUUCUCGUUUUACUGUGUUUCGGACUAAGUGUAUCAGCUGUCGUAUUGGCGGAUCAAAUCAUCUACCAAUCGUGUGUCGUGACGCUGGGCUACGACCCGAAACUGUGUGCCCAGCUAGGCACUAAAAGCAACUCGUCCGAAGUGGCGCAGCUAGAAACGAUCGUUCAGCCAUACGCUGCCCGGAUCGGAAUGGUGAACACGAUCAUAACUUCGGUUCUGCCAGCGCUUUGUGCCUUGCUCAUGGGGCCCUGGUCAGAUAAGUAUGGCCGAAAGCCGGCAAUGUUGGUACCGGCUGUAGGAUACGUUACCACUUACGUAAUGAUUGGCAUCCUUUCGCUACUGUCGAGACACUUCCUGGUCGAUCCCUGGUGCUACGUCGUAGCACACAUACCGGCCGCCGUCCUGGGCGGAACUACCGUUCUGAUGGCUGCCAUCUUUAGCUACCUCACGGAUAUUACGACGGAAAAGAAUCGCACUGUGCGGAUCGGCAUUUUGCAAGCCUGCACAAUGCUCGGAGCCUUCAUUGGGCUGCUGUCCAGUAGCUUCAUCCUGCAGUUGACCAAUGUACCGACCAUGUUCUUCCUUGCUGCCGGUUCGAUGGCUGCCAGCUGUGCUUUUCUACACUUCUACCUCGAAGACAGCAUCCAUCCGGACCCGAACAUGGUCCACCGUCAGGUGCGCGAAAUCUUCCGCGUCAACCACCUGAGCGAACUGCUAAAAACGUUCUUCAAGAAACGAUCAACUUUCGAUCGGGGCAUUGUGUGGCUAACGAUCGCCAUCGGUGUAGUGACCGUGCUGGGUUCCGGUGGCAGUACCGUGUUUUUCCUGUACACCCGCCGCGUCUUUGGGUGGACCAUACAGGAUUUUACCAUCUGGCAAGCGGUCGAGCUCCUUUCGAUAAUCGCUGGCAACCUGAUCGGCAUAUCGCUGCUGAAAACGAUGCUUAAACUACCGGACGUUUGGCUCGCGUUGCUAUCGGUGGUGAACUAUUCGAUCGACGCGCUCAUCAAAGGAUUGGCGCAGCAGGGAUGGCAACUGUUUCUGGCCACCGGUGUCACUCCACUUAAAGCAACGGAAGGACCCGCCCUGAUGGCAAUCUGCUCGGCCAUCAUUCCCUCCGGUGAGAUCGCCAAGUUCUACUCGAUCGCGAUGGCUCUGACCAAUACGGUUUCGUUGGCGUCGGCACCGCUUUUUACGUACAUCUACAACGCAACCGUGGCGACAGCGCCGGAAGUGUUCAACUUUGUCGCUUCGGGGAUAUUUAGCAUCAACGUGAUUUUUGUUGGAAUCAUUGCCGUGCUGAUACGCAAGCGGAAACCUGGUCCGGCCGAGUCGUUGCUACGCCAAGACAGUGAAAUUCUAACGUGAACGCGGUAGAUUAAAAAGUCCUCUUCCGCGUGGAAACAACAAUGGUACUACUAGUCAUAUUUUAUGAAGUUUAGUUGUAAAUAGUGGUAAUUUUGUAUUUAAAAAACAAACGUGCACAACUAUCAGUGUUACUGG